AUGGCAACAAAGCGCGACCCAUUCUCCGCCUACUCGGACGCCUCAAGCUCCUACUGGCCUCCAGGCUGGAAUUUCGCGCGGUUCGCCAGCGCCACACCCGCAGAUAAUGCGACGCUGUCCGAAGAAGAACGCGCAAAUAUGCAAGCCGGCUUACGCGACGUGCUUGGGGAAGAGGGCGUUGCUGAACUGGCGCGCGUCAUGUGGCAGGAGCAAUUGCGUGCAAUGAGGGCCGAGAAAGAAAAGAAAGCUGUAGCUGCAGGGACGCAUGCGCAGCGACGGGUUCCGCCGCCGCCGGCUUGGCUGGAGGCUUGGAAAAAGAUGUAUAAGGACUCGGGGAAGAGGUGGGGGUUUGUGUGUGUUUGGACUGAUGCUGCUGUUUCUGCUGCUGAGGGGAAGGCUGGCCCGGGCUCUGGGGGUGUCGAGGAGUUUCAAGAUAGAGUGCGAGAGAUCGCUGAGAUUCCAUUCAAGGCAGCCUUGGAGCAAGGGCAGCCGGCUGAAUUGAUCGAGGAUGCGCGAAAGACGUUUGAGAUUCGGUGGGCUCAGUUAGAUGACAACAAAGAGAAAGAUAUGGGCAACACGAACCUCGUCGAGCGACUACGCGCCCGGUACCAUUCGAUGCAAGAGCCUGGUUCCAUUCAACAAGGUCUUGCUCUACCUGUAUUUCUCGUUGUGUCUCCGUCGGCAGUGGCCUCGGUUCUGUCGACUUCGGAAGAGAAGCCAGAAGCGACAAGCUCGGGUCGGCGAUCCGAAGCGCCGUUCUUGCUGGCCGUUGCAGCGGAGGAGGAACAGGAUGUUGUGGAUGACGACGAGGAGGCCAAUGUACCAGUUGGGCGCAGAGCGGACAAGGAUUCGUUCAAACCUGUCUUUAGAGUCGCCGUGGAGGUGCUGGUGGGCGAGCUCUGGCCGGUUGUUGAGGAGCAGAUUACGACGCUAGAUAAGAUGACGACUUAUGUGCAGGGGGCAGAUGUGACGGAGCAUGCAUUGCCAAUUCAUGAUGAUGAAGAAUGUGAGGGAGCUGGUCAGGAUGAAGAUGCCUUGGAUGCUAUAUGGUGGUCGAUGCAUCCGCCGCCACAUCGGAUGAGGAAGAGGAGAAGGUUGUUUGGCAGUGGAUAA